AUGGAGACACGUAAACCGUCCGCGCUACUGACCCUGCCGUACUCCCUGAGCACCAAGACCCUGGGCUCGCCCGGGACCCCGCCCCGCCUGCCUCUAAGGGACCACCCCUUCGGGGUCUCCUGGCGCCUGGACGCCGCGUGCUGGGAGCCGGUGCCCGGGAUCUGCGCGCGGAGACCGCCGUGUCCACCCCUGCCGCUGGACGGAGCCUUCGAGCCCACCUGCCUGCGGAAGCGCAACGAGCGCGAGCGGCAGCGGGUGCGCUGCGUGAACCAGGGCUACGCGCGCCUCCGAGAACACCUACCCCGCGAGCUGGCCGACCGGCGCCUCAGCAAGGUGGAGACGCUCCGCGCCGCCAUCGGCUACAUCAAGCACCUGCAGGAGCUUCUGGCGCGGCACACUCUCGGCCAGGAGGGCCUGCCCGGUGCCGCCACGCCGCACAGGGCUGAGUGCAACAGUGACGGAGAGUCCAAGGCCUCCUCGGCGCCAUCGCCCUGCAGCGAGCCCGACGAAGCGUGCUGCUAG